CUUAACUUUUCACACUAAGGCUUACUUAUCUAUUUCUCCUUUCAAAGACAUCCCUUCUUACUAGCUUCCCUGGUUGGAAUUAACCUGCCACGAAUGAUCACUCCCAGGUUCUAGCCUGGGCAACUGUUACUCCAAGACAAGAUGUAUUUGGCUCUUCUGGGGAUGCUUUGGUUCUGUCCAAGUCUAAAAGGUCAAGAAAACUCUUUCACUAUCAACUCCAUCGAGAUGAAAGCAGAGCCAGGCUGGGAGGUGGAGAAUGGGAAGAACCUUACUCUGAAUUGUCUCUUUGACAUAAGCGCCACAUCCAAGCUUCAGUCUCCACACCAGGUUCUAUUUUAUAAGGAUGAUAUUCUGAUCAAGAACAUCACUUCCUGGAAUAAAAAAGAGAGCUUUUUUAUUCAGGCUGCUCGAUUAUAUGACCGAGGGAAUUAUAAAUGUACCGUGAUUCUGAACAACAAGGAGAAAACCACGAAAGAUUAUUCAGUUUCAGUAAAAGGAGUACCAAGUCCCAGGAUUACAGUGGACAAGAUAGAAGUGAUGGAAGGAGGAGUGGUGAAAGUUGGGUGUUCUGUUCCUGAAGAGAAGCCCCCAAUAUAUUUUAUCAUCGAAAAACUGGAUAUGCAUGUCUUCAAGCAAAGAAAAGAAAAGAUGAAACUACACGAAAAUUUUGUGACUCUGGACUUCCCAAUAGAAGAACGAGACCAUGUUUUAGUUUUUCAAUGCCAGGCCAAGAUCUCUUUUGGGAGUUUCCUGGAGGCCUCAGAAUUCAGCAGGAGUGACUGGGUCACUGUGAGGGAACCUUUUUCAAUCCCCAAAUUCAAAAUAACACCGGAAGGAGAGAUUACAGAAGGUGACUCCCUCAAACUCGAGUGCACAAUCCUUGUGGCGCCCAUGUUUCUGGAAGAACCUGAAAUCAUCAUCCAGAAAGGCAGGGAAAUUUUGGCCUCUGCCAAACAUGGGACAGAAGUUAGUUACACUCCCCCAUUAGCCAAAGUGGAACACAUUGGGAACUACACCUGCAAAGUGGAAUCUGGCAAGAUAUCUAAAGUCAACAGCGUUUUCAUCAAUAUCACAGCAAAGCAGAUGCCAGUGGAGAUGUCCAGGCCAGAACCACCCCUGAACUCUAACACUGAGAAGAUGCAAUCUGAUGUGGAAGCCAACAGUCACUCUGGAUACAGUGAUGAUAUUGGGAACCAUACAGUGAAACCAACAAAUGAACAUAAAGAGCCUGAUCAUUUGAAAAUGGAUGUGGAAUACACUGAAGUUGAAGUCCUGACGCCUGAUCUUCCCAGAGCUCCUGAAAGGAAAGGAACUGAUACUGUUUACAGUGAAAUCAGAAAAGCUGAUUCAGGGGAGAACAGGCAUUCUAGAAUAGAAGGCUCCCUUGAUGCAACUUAGAAAACCAAUUACAGACAUGGAUCCCUGAUGUUCCAAGAAGAUGAACAGAUAUUUUCCAUGUAUCCCAAGAGUACUAUAGCACUUCAUGAAUCUGAUGGUCUUCUCUUAACAAACAGCAAUUUUCUCAGGCCAAAUCAUCAUUUUUCAAAUCCAUCCCUGAUCCUUGUGUGUGUG